AUGAAUAAAAUUUUGAUAUCAUUUUUAUUUUUAGUAAUAUUAUUCAGUGUUGUACUUUCAUUUCAAAGUCCAACCACAGAACCAACAUGGGCAGAUGAUGGUACAUUUUGUUUUGGUAAAACAGCACAAACAUGUAGAUCAAGUGGUGCAUGUUGUAUAUGGUGCUCAAACUCAACAGCAAUUCCUCCAUUAGGAGAAACAGACACAGAUCCAGGUGUCUGUCAUUACAAUGGUGAUCUUGUAAAUUGUCCAAACGAUAUUUUAGAUUAUUGUCCAGGUAAUGGUAAUGCAUAUAGCUCUGCCUCAUGCACUUGUAAUUUAAGAGCAACUUCAACUAAUAAUCCAGAUUCAUCUGCAAUUAAAUCAACCAAUAUUUCUUUUAUAACAAUUUUUGUAUUAUCCUUAUCAACCAUUUUAUUUAUAACUUUAUUUAAUUAA